AUACAAAGGAAAUAUUACAGCAAAAUGGUAUUCCUGGUCACAUUUUUGAGAAACUCGGAAAAGUUCUUUGCUAUAUAUUUAAUGAAAAAAGAAUAACCUUCAUAAUUUUGACAAAGAUCUUUGUUGGUAUUUGUAUUAUUGGUUUGAAAGUGUUUUCAACAAUUAUUAUCAAGAUUUAUUCGGAGCUAAAUUAUAAUACUCCAGAAACAUUUACAGUUUGUAACGAUGUUUAUUCCCCAGUUGAUGAAGAUAUAUUUAAAAUGAAUAAGGUGCUGUUUGAUUAUUCUAAGGAUUAUGAAAAAAUAAAACAUCAUAUUCGUGAAUCUAAUACAACAUGUGACGAAAAAUAUAAAGGAGUCUUGGAAAAUUAUAUUGAUACAUAUAGCCGUGCAUAUUCAACUUGCAAUGGAACACAAAGAACAGAAUAUGAUUGUAAAUAUUUUGAUAAAUUAUUCCCAAAAAAUGAUGAACUUACAAAAUUUAUUUCACUGGAAUGUAGUGAAAGUCAAAAUCAAAGUGUCUCUUUACAAGAACAAAGACCUACAAUUCAGGGACAUGCAUCAACUGUUUAUUUUCCUCAGACUGCAGCAGGGAAUGAAAAUUUAGGUAUGAAUAGACAUUCAGGAUUUCAGCAAGAUAAAGAUACAAUUGAACUCAUCUCCGCGGACGAUACUGCUGGAGGUUCAUCUUCAAAAACUAUUAUAGGUUCAGCUGUUCCAGUAUUAGGAGUUUCUUUUAUUUCUUUUCUACUAUAUAGGUUUACACCAGCUGGAGGAUUUAUAAACAAAUUACUAGGAAGGAACAGAAAUAUGUAUAAUCCUAUAGAAGAUAUAGAUGGAUUCAAUCCGUAUAAGGAAGGAAUGGUUGAUGGGCGUAGAAGAGUGAAUAUAUCCUAUCACAAUUUAU